GAUGCGCCCCGCGCUGCGCCUGCCAACCAAGCCGGCCGACGCCACGCCCAACGUCCUCGCCCUGCGCGGCGGCGGCGUGGAUGCCGACCUGCUGUGCAAGGUCAUGGCGGCCGUGUACGGCGGGUUCGGAAUCUUCCUCGCCACCAUCCCCGACGUCGCCUUCGGCAAGAACUCGCCGGUGUCCUACUGGACCACGUUUGGCGAGGCGGGCGAGUGGUUCGCCCGCGGCUUCGGCAUCGUGGCGGUCUCCCUCUUCACGUCGCCCUUCUGGGCUGGCAUGCCAACGGACGUGCUGGCCAAGGUGGCGCUGCCCAUGAACAUCCUCUUCCUGCCCCUCUUCUUCCAGGCGGCGAUGGUGCUCCCCACCGCCAAGGACUCGACCAACGCCGUCCUGCCGUUCAACCUCUGGUUCACCCAGAUUCCUCUCGCGGCCAGCAUCCUCGCCCUCAACAUCAUGGCGCUGAUGUGAGUCGGUCGUUGCGUGGCCCGGGCUGGUGCCUUGGCGUCCCCGCUCCCCCACACCGCUCGACCACACCCCCAACGGGCGAGCAAACCUUCCAUGACGCGUCUAUGUCCGUGUCGAUGUCUAUCCGUGUCAAGGAAUUGGUGCUCUUCUAUC